AUGGCCACCAAAAUAUUCGUCUUUGGCAGUGUCAACGGACAACUGCAGUCUGCCUUUUCUAAACUAGCGACUCUCCAAGCAAAGAACAAUUUCGCCUUUGCCAUCGUCGCGGGCAACCUAUUUACCGAAGCAGACGACGAUGCUGUCGCUGCACUGCUUAAUGGCGAAAUUAAAGUCCCAUUACCAACCUACUUCACCGUCGGCUCAACACCGCUGCCACCCCGAAUCGUCGAGAAGAUAGUGGCCGAGGAGGAAAUAUGCGAGAACCUCCACUAUCUCAACAAACGAAGCGUGACCAAGACUUCUGAGGGCGUGCGGAUCGCAACUUUGGGCGGCCUGCUCGACACCAACAUCCUCGGGCAAUCCAAGGAACACCACCUCCCAUUUCAUACCGCUGAGGACGCCAAGGCGCUGCGCGGCGCCAACUCGGCUGAUAUCCUCCUCACUGCAACAUGGCCUGCGGCAGUCUGGAACGGCUCCCGCGUCAACCUUGCAGUUGACCCCACGACGAUUCCUAGCAGCGAGACUGUGGCUGAGCUGUGCGCUGCUCUCAAACCGAAAUAUCACUUUGCAAUGAAUUCCUCUGAUGUCUUUUACGAGCGCGAAGCCUUCUUCCAUCCACCAAAGAGUGAGGGUGAGACCAGCUUUGACAUCACACGGUUUCUGUCUCUCGCUAGCUUCGGCAACCCGAGCAAGGCGAAGGCGAUGUACGCAUUCAGCCUGCAGACCGAGACAGUAUCGACACUGCCCACUGGUACUACCGUGUCGCCAUUCUACAAAAGCGGGUCCAAAAAGCGAACUGCAGAUGAGGCCGAGGGCUACUCACGCUUUGCUAGGGAUGAUGAUGGAGACCGUCGAAACAAUAAGAGGCGAAGAAACGACAGGAACAGGUCUCCCCCGCCUGGACCAGACCGUUGCUUCUUUUGCCUGUCGAAUCCUAACCUACCGACCCAUAUGGUCUGCACAAUCGGCGAGGAUGCGUAUGUUGCUACUGCCAAAGGACCGCUCCCAUCCGCACAGACUUUCCAGGAACAGGGUCUCAGCUUUCCGGCUCACAUGAUCAUUGUACCACUCACUCACGCCCCGACAUUGACCACGAAGCAUAUGGGAGCCGAGGCCGACGCCACCUUCAAGGAAUGCACACGCUUCCGCGAAUCGCUGCAAGCCAUGGUAUCCUCUUUGAGCAAGCAUAAGCUGGGGACCGUAUCGUGGGAGAUUAGCAGGGAGCGCGGCAUUCACCCUCACUGGCAAGUCAUGCCGAUCUCAACCGACAUGAUAAAGAGGGGCCUUGUUGAGGCGGCUUUCCAAGUCGAGGCAGAGAACACAAAGUUGCCAAAGCUUGAGGAACGCGAUUUUGGACUUGGCGAUGAAGUCGAGGGUGAUUAUUUCCGCGUGUGGAUAUAUGCCGAGGACGACGACGAAAAUGGAGGCAGCAUAAUCAGCAAGUGUCUACUUAUGCGCUUCGACCAGACAGUGCGAUUUGACCUUCAAUUUGGCCGCAAGGUCAUGGCAAAACUUUUAGGCUUGGAUAAGCGCUUUCAGUGGCGUGACUGUGUUCAGACCGAACAGGAGGAGAAACAGGAGGCGGAUGCUAUCCGCGAAGCGUUCAAGCCCUGGGAUUUUACGGCAUAA